UCUUUCAGACCAUCCCCUUUGCCAGAUGUGGCACAAAGAGGUGCCAUGCAGGAGAGAGGAGAAGAGUUCCAGAGGGCAAGCCAGUUUGCUGCUACCAGUGUGACCCUUGUCCAGAAGGGACCAUUUCUAAUCAGACAGAUGCAGCUCAAUGUGAACCCUGCCCAGAAGACCAAUAUCCCAACAAGGACAAGGACCAAUGCAUUGCCAAGAAGAUCCACUUCCUUGCCUAUCAAGACACCCUGGGAUACACUUUAGUUUCUCUCACUCUUUUUCUCUCUGUGAGCACAUCUGCAGUCCUGGUGAUUUUCUAUAAAUAUCAUGACACACCAAUUGUCAAGGCCAACAACCGAGAUCUCACCUACAUCCUCCUCAUCUCCCUCCUGCUCUGCUUCCUCUGUUCCUUCCUUUUCAUUGGUCGACCUCGGAAGCUCACCUGUCUCUUCCAACAAUCUGCCUUUGCCAUUCUCUUUUCCCUUGCAGUUUCCUCUGUGUUGGCAAAAACUGUCAUGGUGGUUCUGGCUUUUAUGGCCAUCAAGCCAGGGAACAGGACAAGAAAAUUCUUAGGAAAACCACUGACCAACACCAUUGUCAUAGCCUGUCCCCUGAUCCAAACAGUCCUUUGUGCCUCCUGCCUGGUCACCUCUCCCCCAUUUCCUAAUUUGGACUUUCAUUCUGUGUUUGGAGAGGCUGUCUUGGAAUGUAAGCAGGACUUAGCUUUCAUGUUUUACAUUGUUCUUGCCUAUCUAGGUUUUCUGGCCUUCAUCAGUUUCACAGUGGCCUUUCUGGCUAGGAAAUUGCCUGAUAGUUUCAACGAAGCCAAGUUCAUUACUUUUAGCAUGCUGGUCUUUUGCACUGUUUGGAUCUCCUUCCUCCCCACCUACCUGAGCUCCAAAGGGAAGUCCAUGGUGGCUGUGGAGAUCUUCUCCAUUUUGGCCUCUGGAGCUGCUCUCUUGGCUUGUAUCUUUUUCCCCAAAUGCUACAUUAUUCUACUGAGGCCGGAUCUGAAUUGUAGAGAAAAUAUAGUAAGGAACAAGAAUUUCUAACUAAUACAUGAAUCAGCCUCAUUUAUAUUAUUUGUCUUUGGGCAUGUUUAGACUGUGAUAAGAUUUCAGAAAAAAUGAUGACAUGAAAGAGGAAUUUGUCCCUAAAAGAACUGCUUAUCAAUUGCUGCAACUGGUUACAAUAUACCUGCUUUCAGCAACAAUCACCCAGCCUUUUCUUUAUCAUGUCUUCAAAGCAUCCUUGUGUUGUCCAGUGCCCAGUGUGGAUAGAAAGAUAGUUUUUAAAAAUGUGUUUAUUAUUUCAAAGAGGAAAUUUUCUCAUUUUAAUCUUUUGCCAUUUAGUUGUUUUUUCAUAGAGUGUUUUAAAGGUUUUGGUUCAGUAUCAGUUUUUUAAAACAUAUAUGGAUGUUUCCUUAGAUGUCUGAGGCUUCUUGGAGUCCCCUAACAGUAUUAAGUUAUUUUUGACAACAUCUCUCUUUCCUUCAAAUGGUCUGUCAUGUGAGAGAAAGAAAAUUAGAAGGAGUGUUUGCUAAUUGACCCAAAAAAAUAACAUACUUGAAUUCUCUGGUUUUCCAUAAGCUUUAACAAAACAUCUAUGGCAAUGUAAGGUAAUGUAACUGAUAUGUUCUUUGAUUAAAGAGAAUACUUCUUCGUUGAUGAUAGUAGCAGUAGAAAAGUGGGAAAACAACUGAUAGACUGUUAAUUAGGAAUAUAUAUGAUUACAUCAUUUAUUUCUUAUGCAUGAACCAUUUUCUCCUCCUUUCUCAAAUGUACAAAUAUGAGUGCAUCCUUUGGUCUUCAAGAUUUCCUCUCACUAUUCUCUGGAUAGAAUUUAUCCAGGAUAUACUCAUCAUCAUCUUCUUCUUCUUUUAAUGAUCCCAUAAUGCUUUGUGGGGUGGAGUCUGGGCAAUUGAAUGGAGCUAGCAGAGUGUUUACUGAUUGGAAGGACCUUCUGGGACCAGUUUAGAUCUGGGAACACUUGAGAUGCACAUGGCUAAUUUUCCCACAUGGUAAAUCUGUUUAGGCAAUUGUCCCACAGUGAAUUGCCCAGAGAGAGGCAGUGGGGGAGGGUCAGAUAUCAACUGCAUAGAAGGAGAAUUUGCAUAAGAUGUUUUAUAGGGAGCACUUUCCACUGGAAAGAGUAGCAAAGAUGUUUAAAGAUAAAUCAGUCAAAUGUUGGAAAUGUCAUCAGAUACCGGGGUCAUACUAUCAUAGGUGGUGGACAUGUGUAAAAGCUAAAAAAUAUUGGACAAUGUAAUGAAAAUGUAUAUUUGAUUAUUCAUGUAAUAACUGCAGCUAGAGUUGUAUUUGCACAAAAUUGGAAAAAUGAAGAGGUCCCUACGGAUGAGAAAGUGAUUAAGAAAAUCUUAGAAUGUGCAGAAAUGAAUAGAUUAACACUUGCAAUUAAAGAAAAGGAAAAAUCUGAUUAUUAUAGUAAAUGGGAGUUAUUUUAUCAAUGGUUAGAGAAUAAAUAUGAAAAUUAGAAAUGAAAGCAGAGGAGUGAAAGAGGGAAACUGUAUUAAUAGAGUUAAAUAAGUUAAGGGGAUUGUUACAAUAGUAUGUAAUGUAUUAGUAUCAAUUUAAGAAUAGAUAAGAUAAUGAACAUGGCUGUAAUUUUAAUGUUUAUUGCACAAAAUAUUUGUACCCAGAUGACACACUGUUUAAUGAAAGAUGGAAUGUUUGUAUUAAAAUAAAAAACAUUUUUUAAAAAAGAAUUUACACAAAGGACUGCCUAGUCACAACUGUCACCUGUUCCUCAAGGAAGAGUUCUGAGACCAGGAGGGCUCUCACCAGCUCAAUCUGAAGCAUUGCAACCCCUUAAUGUCCAAAGAUGAUAAACACUCAGCUAGAGGAACUCCCACCUACCCACAACCACUCCAUCCUACCAAGGUUCAGUU